AAUAUACAGGUGAUGCUCCUGUGUAAUCAUUGGAGUAUUAAAGAUGGAGGUAGAACCAUUUUCUGAUGACAAGCAGAAUGUUUUGUUUGAUAUCAAACUGAUAAAAAAUGAAGAUGAAACUUUCACAAUAACUGAUACUCCAGGAAAAGUUGAUUCCUUGGAAGAAAGUUUUCUACAUACUGUUUUGAAGUUUGGUAAAACAGAAAAUAAAGAAACAACUUGUGAUGUAGCAUCAGAGAAAAUUGAGAACAUGUCUGUUCAAGUGAAAAUGGAACAGCCUGAUGAUCUACUACAAGUUGUUUCAAAGUUCAGUUACAGUGAUGAUGAGAAUCAGGAUAGUUCAUUCUAUAAUGUUGUGAACCUGACAACAGAAACUGAAUUUCAAAGAGAGAUUGAAUCAGGGUUAGAGAGAACAUGUGAUAAAGAGACCAGUGUGAACAUCUGUUCUGGAAGUCAGUUUCCUGGUUAUUUUAUAAAACAAGAAAAUCACUUUACAGAAGACGUAAAAUCUGAAACUAACAAUAUUAGUGGAGAAACAAAAUUAAGUGGAAAUAACCUAAAAGCAUCCAACAAACAUCAGUGUGAUGAUAAACUAUACAGUUGUGGAAAAACAUUUGAUAACCUAACACAACAAAAGAAGACGUAUUCUUUAGAGAAACCGUAUCAUUGUGUAGUUUGUGGAAAACAAUUUCAGAAUAAUAGUCGCUUAAAAAAACAUGAAAGAAUACACACUGGGGAGAAACCUUACAGUUGUACAGUGUGUGAAAAUCGGUUGGAACAAAGGGUCACUUAAAAGUACAUGAAAGAGUACACACUGGUCUGAAACCUUACAGUUGUACAGUGUGUGAAAAACAGUUUGGAAGAAAGGGUCAAUAAAAAUACAUGAAAGAAUACAAGCUGGAGAAAAACUUUACUGUCGUACAGUGUGUGAAAAACGGUUUAGAGAAAAGGAUCGUUUAAAAGUAGAUGAAAGAAUACACAGUGGGGAGAAACAUUACAACUGUACAGAUUGCAGAAACAGUUUGUAACAAAGAGUCCUUUAAAAAUACAUGAAAGUACACACACUGAGGAAAAACUGUAUUAUCUGCUUGGGAAAAAAGGAGAAUCCUUAUAGUUGUACAAUGUGUGAAAAAGACUGAAUAAAGUAGUACCUUAACAUAUGAAUGUAUACAUAAUUAAUAGAAACCCAGAAGUUGUGAGUUUUGUAGAAAGCUAUUUCAUAGUAACUCUUAAGUUAAAAAACAUGAAGGGAAUACAUACUGGGGUGAAACCUUACAGUUUUUCAGUUUAUUGAAAAAGUUUGCAACAAAAGAUAGAUUAAAAAUACUUGAGAGAAAACA